UUGGGGUUGACGGAAUGUCAGUUACAGGUAUUGUUGUAUCACAAUGUAAAGUAGAUAAAGUUGGAAUGCAGGCAUGCAAUCUGACAGCGGAAGCAUUGAAAGCAUUCAAGGAAAAUGUUCGGGAUACAAAGUUCAAGGAACUCAAUGUCAGCGUCAAUAAAAAUCUGGGCGCUGAGGGAUUGGCUGUCACGAGUAUUAUUGUGUCACAAUGUGAAGUAGAGACGGUUGAAAUGCGGAAAUGCAAUCUGACAGCGGAAGCUAUGAAAGCAUUCAAAGAAAAUGUUCGGGAUGCAAAGUUGAAGAAACUAAAUAUCAGCGGAAAUGAAAAUCUUGGUGUUAAGGGAUUGGCUAUCACAGGUAAUAUUGUGUCACAAUGUGAAGUAGAGAAGGUUGAAAUGCAGGAAUGCAAUCUGACAGCGGAAGCAAUGAAAGCAUUCAAGGAAAAUGUUCGGGAUGCAAAGAUCAAUUUGUGGGAUCUCAGUAGCAAUGAAGUCAGCAAACUUGGAGAUGAAGGAUUAUCUACAAUCAGUGAAAUUGUUCAUCAAUGUCGGGUUCAAACAUUGUGGAUGUUUGAUUGCGGCUUUUUCCACGGUAACGUGGAAAGAUUCAAAGCAUUGAUCGCUGAUGGGGUUGAGUUCAAAUACCACACCACAGUUACAUCAAAAAAAUAUUGUUCAAAUAACAAAUACCAAUAAUUUAAAAGUUUCCUAGAUUGUCACAAAAUUACUUUAACAAAGUUUUAUUUUAACUUAUUCGAAACUAUAAUACCAUAACUUGAAUGCACAUAUGUUGUAUUGAGCUUGUGAUAAUUCUUCUAGUGCGGUAUCCUACUACUAUAUUCAAUUCAUCACUGUUCGGAAUAUUCUUUUAUAUUUAUAAUUACAAGAUAAUGGAAUACAGAAAGACUAACUGACAGCGAGUUUUUAGCUCUAAAUUAUUAAUGUUCCCAAAAGAUUAAAGACUUGAGCAUUGACAAGCCUUAUUUUCAUUUAAUUUACAAUUUCGAUCUUCCUCCUGGCUACGAGAACGCAUUUUGUUUUGAUACUUCUGAUGUUGCAUCAAUAAAUUCUCAUUUAAUUUGGAAAUUUUUCGUUGAGAUAAACUGCAUUUCUAAUGUUCUACUUAUAUCCCUUACACAAACAAGGCUAUAUAGACAUGCUUAUACGUAUGCGAACACUUCCAAAAAAUAUGUAGCUUCCGUAAAUUUUCAGUGGUGGAGUGAAAUUGUAGCUUAAGAAUUUGUUUGCAUUUUAGCUAAGCCUUUAGCAGAUUUUACUCUUAUUAACAAGAAUAGGAGGAUUAUUUCCAAUGUAUUAUAGAACGUAAUUCAGAUAUCUUCAUUUGUUGCAUUGUACAUAGUAGCGUUAAAGUUAUACCGGCCCUAUCAGUUCAUUGUCCGGCAACAUUGUGUUAUUUAUAUUGCUAAGAGCAAACUAUGAUAUGUUAUCUCGCCAAUGGAACUGUUUGAAUUAGCUUUGAGCAAAGAUUUUUCAGUGUAGUUUUGGUCUUCUUGGUAUGCGUUUUCUGCUUAGAUUUAUAUCAACUAUGUUAUAUUUGUGUUCAGUUAUUUUUAUUUCAUUUCUGUUUGACAAAUUCAACUUUUGUAUUUGUAAGUACACGAUAAAACAAUAUGCGAAGCAUUAAAUAAAAUUUGUUUGUUUGA